AUGCACACAUUAUCAGCCUCGUAUUGCAUUGCGCCUAUUGAUCUGAUUACCCACAGCUCCUCGCUACACCGCAACCAGAUCACACGAAACAGACAUCUUGUCAGAGCAAGUGCGAACAGCUCUUCCCCUGGAGAAGAGUUGAAAUGUCCGUUUGCUGAUGUCCCUGGGUUCCCUAAGGGAGAAAACUCUCACUCUGAGCGGACAUCAGUAGAGACCAAGGCAGCUGCCGGUGCAUCGUUUUCAGUGUCCAAGCCGCACAAGGAGAUUCCAGGCAGCUAUGGCAUUCCAUUCUUUGGCCCCUUGAAAGAUAAGCUGGACUACUUUGCUUUCAAAGGUUGGUACAAGUACAUUCAAGGCAAAAAGGAUCAGUACAGAAGCUCUGUCAUUAGGGUGAACUGGCCCCGAUUCAAUGGGAAAGACACCCAGGUCGUCCUUUUGCUGGACCAGGCCAGCUACCCGCUUCUGUACGACAAUGCAAAGGUGGACAAGAAGGACCUGUUCUUCAGACCAUACCGCCCCUCCCUCGGCUACACGGACGGUGUCCGAAUCCUCGCCUACCUGAACCCGAGUCUCUUGCUAGUGGACAAGAAGGACCUGUUCUUCGGACCGUACCGGCCCUCCCUCGGCUACACUGACGGUGUCCGAAUCCUCGCCUACUUGGACCCGACAGAAGAGGCCCAUACGCAAGCCAAGAAGUACUGCCGGGCCCUGCUCGCAAAGUACAGCAAGAACGCGCUCAAAGCAAUUAAUGAGCGGUCGGGCGAGCUGUUCGCUGACUGGGAGAGCCAGAUCCAAAAGAAGGGCGUCGCUGAGGUGUACGACACGUUCUACGAGUUCAUCUGGGCCUACCUGGUCAAGACGUUCAACUUCUCGACCAUCCUCCCCAAUGGCGGCCACAUCGCGAAGUCCUGGGUGGGGCCCCAGCUUCUGCCGAUCAUCAACCUCGGAGCGCCCAGCAUCGUUGAAGCGCUUUUGAAGCUGCUCCUCGGCCCGCUGCCAUCUUUCAUCGUCAAGGGGAAGCUGGAUACGCUCCUCGAGUAUCACAAGGACGCGGGACGGGAGGCGGUUCACCUUGGCAAGGAAUACGGCUUGACCGAGCACGAGUCAGUGGUCCACCUGAUGUACUUCAUCGCGUUUAAUGCGCACGGCGCCAUCGUCGGCGUGUGGGCCUCCGUCCUGACGGCGAUCGCUCUCUAUGGAGGCAAACCACUCAUGGCAAAGCUGUCCGAAGAGGUGCGUUCCGCGGCGGCCCAGUACGGGAACGGCGAGCUAACCCAUGAGGUUAUCGCUAAACUGCCACUCCUCGACUCGGUCAUCUACGAGACGCUGCGGACUCAGCCCCCCAUUGCAGUGCAGCACGCUCGCGCCCGCGAAGACAUCAUCGUCGAGUCCCACGACGCCCUGUACACAAUCCCCAAGGGCCAGGUCAUCGCGGGCCACGCAUACUGGCCGCAACGCGACCCCGCUAUUUUCGACGAGCCAGACAAGUUCAUCCCCGAACGCUUCAUGGGCAAGGGAGAAGGGCUGCUGCGCUACCUGCUGUGGUCGAAUGGGCGGCAGACUGAGGAGGCGGUAGUGACCAACAAGCAGUGCCCUGGGAAAGACUUCGUUCCUGAGGGAACCAAGAUCUUCCUGGCCAACUUGUUUCUGCGGUACAAGGCCUACGAGCUCUCGGGCGACGUCGGCUGGAGCACCGUGAAAGUCGUCCCGGGGCCGGGGCUGAAAGAAAUGAAACUCGGCACCCAAAAGCUGCUCUUCAAGAGCCUCCAACGUGCCUAGGCAAUGCGUUUGAAUGAUACUCCAAUUCCAACGCCAUGUUCUUCACGAUACCCAAGGCGUUGGCUUGCGGCUUGUGAGUUGCGUUACGUUGACUUUGGGAGUAGCUUGCGAGCACGGAGCCGGUAUGGCUUGAUUUAGCCGCGCACGUUUUGUGUAUACUUGUACGUAAUAAGUGAUUGCCAGCCGAGUGGAAGCCCGGGCUUUUGAUUGGUGCCCAACAUAGAUAAAUAGCAAGAGAGAUGUGUGUGUGUUUUGGUUUGCAGACAAGGGUAGUACCCGGAUUCGCCUUCAUCUGCAUAAUUCUGGUCAAAAGUACGCUUAGUAAAGGCGCCGUGUUUUCUUGGCCGGCACAUCCUUUGUAUGUAUCUAUUACCUAAUUACUAGCGCUCAUAAAAGUACUUAUUGACAGGCCAUAAUACGUUAACGGUCAUUUAACAUAGCUGAGUAAAGUUGACCCUUUUGAUUAAAUCAUAAGAUCUAGAGACUUCGGCCACCCACACAUUCGGCCACCCACACUUCGGCCACCACACGAACCCUGACAGUCCGGCCUUAAAUCAAUGAUGAAAUCACUACGGUUCUAGAGUCCGUCCAACUCCGAUCGAUCGAGUGAACUUGAGCUAGGGUCAGUCAAAGUACAUGGCAUCUGCUUUGAACACGUCACGUCGGAGAGUCCGGGUCACGCACGUACAAGAGGGCCAAUUGGAUGAGGAUAUGUGAUAUUUGUCAACACCGAGG